CUUUCGAAACUUUCGUUCCUGGCGGUCAGCGUUAUGGCAAGACAGGCUUCUUCUUGGACGACCGUGAUCUUUGCAACGGUGAUUGUUGCUUUUCUUCUGGGGUUGAUUGCUGAGAACGAGGCGACGAUAGCUCAGCCAAAGGCGCCCAAUUUUCAAUACUUUGAACGGCCCAAAUAUCGCUAUCCAUACUAUGACGAGAAUGGCAGAGGAAAAUUACUCUAUGGCUAUGGAGGUCCUGAUCUUUACCAAUACAAAACUUAUAGUGCCCUUGAGGGGAUCCAUUAAUAUAAGGGAGUAUUAAUG